CUACGGGCUAAAGCACUGAUGAUAUCAAACUUGCGCACCACGACUCACAAAAACAACCCAGCUCAUCUCCAAAAAUUCAAAGACAUCUCUAGACCCCUCAUAAUCCCCCAUGGACCUCAACUCAACGCACCCCCUCGACACCGACGACCACCUCUUCUACCUCUGCUGGCGCCGCCAGUCAUGUGACUAUUGCCUGCAGGGCGAUCUCCCCUGUGGCUGGUGCGCGGUGUCCUCGACCUGCGUGCCGAACCCCUCCCGAUUCCCUAUUCUGGCUCCCUUCGGCUCGUCAGGGAUCUGUCCCCUAGGCCCCAAGGAGCGGUGGGAGCUCCGUGCACUGCCCUUCGGGUGUCAGGUUAGCACGAUCACAUUUCUUACGGCUGUGGGGGCUGUCGUGGGGACGGUGGCUGCGUUUGGGUUGGGGGUGGUUUUGGUGUGGUUUUGUAGGUGUGUCGGGGGUGGGUUGGCGCAGAGGAAGUGGUGUCGUCGUGGUGGUGCGGGCUGGGGGGCUCGGAGUGGGU